UUAACAUUUCUGACUUAAAAUAAUAACAAAGAAUUACUCCCUUAUAUUUGUUAAACUUUAUUUUUUGAGAAGAUUCCAUUACACAAUGGUGAAGAAUAUUCAACAAUUUAGCAAGGGCGUUGCAAAAACCCCUAAGCCAGUCCAUGCCACAGCUAUAAGACAUCACGCCCUUUUGGCUUCUGGUUAUGUCAGGCAGCAUAUGAUAUUAGACGAACGUUGGACAAACUCUGAUCUCAUUGAUGUAUAUUCCAAUAUGGCUAUUUUGUUAAAGAAACAUCUCCUUUUCAAGCAGCUGGAGAAAAAGACAAUUAUUGAGGGAAUACGCUUUAAGCAUAAGGAUUUACGCCAACAUGUCCAAAAUGGACGAAAAUCAUUGAAGAGAUCUCUUGGUGAAGAGUUUGAACAAAAACUUCAUACAAUUCUUAUCAAUGACAAGCAAAUGCAGCGAUUGUAUGUGAACAUGAUGCCACAGGAUAUUGAAGAAAAUAUCAAACAAAGGACAUUUACAAUGAAAAAAGAACAUGAUAGGCUAUCAUUGAAGUUGGGAGAUCUGAAACAAAAGUUGGAGGAGGCAUUGAUGAGAUCUUCCGAACUUCAAAUCCGUGUGCGCUUUCAAAAUGAGUACAUCCUCCAAGAGGAACUCUCCAUUCGAACUCUCUACACAGCUAUCAAAAAUUCGCAUACUCGUCUUAAGGCCAUUAAGACUAUCAACACAAGCUAUAAAAAGAUGCUUCAAGUUAUGAAAGACGAAGAAAAGUUUUUCGAACCUAUUUUGAAUUCACUUUCCAAGGAUAUUGAAGAUCAACAGAAUUUUAUGGCAUAUGUCUUGCAUGUGGGCUCACCGGCGCUGGAUAAGGAAAAGGAACUGCAACAAAAUGCCACCAAACUGGAGGAAAUAAAACGAAGUCAAACAACUUCAAAGGGUCAAUGGCUGGGCGAAGUAAAAAGGGGAAGUUGGCAAAGGAAAAGUUAUUUCAAUGCCAGGCUCUCAAGUCUGGUCGUCGAUAUGGGAAGACAUUAUGCUAGAGAAACAAGAGACAUGGUUAUACUGAAACGACUUUUGGCCGAUGUUGAGGGGCAAGUAAAGAGUUUGCAAGAGGUGACUUUGAGUUUUAAACCAAAGGCUAUACCCUCUAUCAUUAAACAACAAUCGGCCAAUAAUCUUGGAUUAAGGAAACAAAUAGCCUUGGGUUCCUUGCAAGAACAAUCGAUAGCAGAUAGAAAUUUUAGUUUAUUUUACCAAAAACAGUUUCUGCAACAUGAUUUUCAUCAAAGUUUUCUAAAUAAGGAAAACAACAUAAAACACUUGAAGGAAAGUAUUUCUCAAGAAGACCUUAGAGAAAAGGAAACUCUGCAAUGGAUGCAAGAGCGAGCCAAGACUUCGGUGGUUGUUACCUGUUCCUUGUGGAAUUUUUACGAUGUACUGAGGCAUGUGCAUGUCAGGCGUGAAUACAAAGUAAAACCUUUGCGUUAUCCAAACGAAUAUCUAAAGCUACCCCUGCUGAGAUACGAAAGCAUGGCAAUGAAGGCGGCUCCUCCACUGGAGUUUGAAGAGGAUGCUUUGAAUGUUCUUAAGGUUGUAACCCAAAAGCUACUAAAAUUGACUCUAGCUUAUAAUCAACUAAUGCCAAAAAAUGCAGCAAAAAAUGUGAUCGAAGAUAUUGUGGCUAAGAAUAAAGAAGCUUACAAUGCCAAUUAUUUGGCAACUGCAAAAAGUGAACACUGCACAGCUGAUAUCAUAUCGCACAAAGAUGAGGAUCGUUCACAUUACCUUCCAUCCUUGAGGGAAGAGACGAAAAUUCCAACGAGAGCAGUAAUAAAAGAUUUGAGUUCAAAAUUGGUAGAGCAUUAUAUAGCCAAACAGGAUUGAGGAGAGCAUGUUAAGAAUUUUUACCAGGAUGUUUAUUGGUUCGGAAUUUUAUUUAUACAUAUUUGUAAAAAAUAAAACAUAUGCAAAAUGUGCAAAAUUGCA